AAGGACUGCUCCGUCUUGCCUGGACUAUAGCUAUGGAGAAAAAAAGAAGCUCAGCUGCUUAAAUUAUGUGAUUUUUCAAACGGAUCUCACGGUUGUUUUGAGAUUUCACGUAGGAGGCGGGACACAGAAGAGUUCAAAUAAAGUUUAAAGUAGUUUUUCUGCGUGCUUUCCUGACAUGUAGUAACAUUUGAUAUCUUUUUCAAAAAAUCUCUGAAAAAUUUGUUAGCCUCGCUUUUUGAACUUCUCAGGAGUUUGCGAUGCAGUGAACGAUGGAAAGUUGUACCGCUAAAUGCAUCGACUUCGGUAGCUAAAUAGACAGCUGGCUGCCUGUAGCACCGUUUCGAAGACUAGUUACUUUUUAUUCAGGUUUGUUCAUGUUCCAACUUUACUCUUAUUAGCGGUUAGCUACGCUAGCUGAGAUGUUUUGAGCUCCGCUGUUGGGUAGUAGUAGUAGCAAUACAUGGAGUAGCUAGCUAAGUUAGCUAACUGGCUACGAUAUAUGUUACUGCGGGGGGCCCUUCCUUGGAAAUAAAUUUGUCCACGUAGCCAGCUAGCGGAUAUCCACGGUUAGCACUGGGCCAGCGGCCCAGGCUGCUCAGCCAGCUGACUAGUAUUUAACUCGGGCUCCGACGUGGGGUCUUGCUUUCACUGCCAAAUAAUGCGAUAGAAGGCAGGGUCGGGCAGAGAGUCCCGCUGUAUUAGCCAGGAGUCCCUUUUGGACCCUUGGGACUAGGUGAGGCCUGCGGGUCGGGCUUUCACCGGGUUGUAGUACUUCAGUUUGCCCGGGAGUGAGAGUGGGAGGGUCGCAAGCGACAGCAGAAGUGAACCCGGAGACCUGGGUGUACGGAAUGGAGCGGAUGGAGAUCGACCAGUGCGCAGGCGCGACGGUGGCCGGCGGAGGCGGGUCUCUUCGGAGAUCCAAUAGCGCCCCAAUGAUCACUGGCGUCAGCGAUGGAAUGGCCGUGUUCAGCUCAGCGAGUUCUGCUCGCUGUCGUCGGAGUAGCAUGUCUGUGAACCCCAGCUGUCCCGGACUGGCCCUUCCUCUGUGCCCUUUUCCAGGGGUCAGCGACAGACUGUCCUCCCACAGACAGGAUGAAAGCAUGGAGCUCACCUUGCGGGGGAACCUUAGACAGAGUGCCUUUUCUCUGGUGCCCCUCCCUCCGGUUACACACUGGCAUGAUUCUUUGGACAGUGGUGUUACCCCAAAUUCAUCCCCAAGUCCAACAAGAAGGUUUAGGAAGACACCACUGACUUCUGCUGUUAGAUGGCCUGCUUUAACACCACUCAAGAGGAAAGGAGGAGUUGAACUUGAUGCCCCACCUAAAAAGUUGUUUGUUGCUGGGGUAACCGACCCACCCCACCUUGCUGGUUAUACAGUAAGCGUGACCCAGCAAACUGGCUCAACCCAGGGGGACAUGGCCACGUCCACCAUCCCACAGAGCAACCCCCUGUCACUCUCGCUGCCGCCAUGUGCCCCAAAACAUCCCAGCCUGUAGACCCAGGUCAUCCAGUCACAUGCAUGUGUACUGCCUUGAGAGCAAAUACAUGGUUAAAGACAAGUUUCUGCUUCAAGACAAUCAGAUGAUGCUGUAUUGCCCAGUGAUGGAAAAGCAGUGCUGCUACACUUUCAGAGUAUCAGCAUUCAGAUUCCCAAAACCUGCAGUCACACCAUACCAUUCUUGAGCAAUGUUCUUUCAUGGUGUUACUUUAUCUGAAUGAAUUUGUCAGAUUUAACCCACAAUUAAGAAUUAUGGUAUUUUCUUUUUCUCUUUGGCCUAAAGUAAUUUAUAGGUACUUAGAAACACCAUAAAAUUCCCCUAAUUACAAAGUACAGAUAUGAGUGGCAUGUACAUAUGCCAUCUAUCUGAAGUUGAAGAGACUGUUGACUGUUCUGUUAACUUAUGUGCAGUGGGGAGACAGCAAUUUUAAUAAUCCUUUGAGUGGAUUGUGUUUGUAUAUAUUAUGAUGUGCAUAUAUUCAUACUGUACAUAAACUGGACAGGGGGCUGGUAGUUUGAGUCCCUUGCUCAUGACCAGUAUUGGCCAGUCUCCCUAUCUUAAGAAAACAUUUAAAGCCCUAGUAUGUACUUCAGACUUAGCAAACAAUGUGUAAAAAUUAAGCGCUGUAGUUUAAUAGUUUAUCUUAUAUUACAAUGAAGCUUCAUCCACAUAACCUGAUAUAUGAUUUAAUUUUUUUGUUUGAAUUUAUUUUUAAUGAAACUACAAAUAAAUCUGAAAACUAUCAUUUUACAGUUUGGAAAAAAAUGAAAUUGUUGAUGAAUGAUGUGAGGACUUCCUCAAAUUACUGUUGUCAUCAUAAUCCAAGACUGAAAACAACAAAUAAGGGUAUAAAGGCACUCGCAAACACAUCAAUGUCCCAACAGUCUCCGAUAACUUGUGUACAGUAUUCUCAGGAAACUCUUUGAUUCACAGUGAGUUUCUACAUUAUGAUUAGAAAUUGCUAUGACUAGAUUUCUACUCCACUAACAUAUACAGUAUUACCCUGUCAUGACUGAAAUAUUUGAAGAACAACAUGUCAACAGAAUGUCUGCGAAACAGUGUGUAUAUGUUGUGUAUUCAAGAUAUUCUCAUUCAGUCAGGAAGCAGUGGAAAGCAUUUUUAUUAGAGAGCAAGAAGUAUAUCAUGGUUGUAGUGGAGUUUCCAUGAUUUAUGUGUGAAUGAAUUCCAUUGAUUUAUGCAAAGAAUUAAUAUAUUUAUUUUAGAUUUAUAUUAAGUUGACCAAAAAGUUCAUUUUUGCCAUUGCCCAGCACUCUUUUCGCGAUUGUAUGCUGUUGCCUUGCCGUCUGUUUCCGACAGUUUUUACUUACAUUUACCUUUACAGUUUAAUGAUUGUUCUGGCUUUAAUUAUUUGGAUGUAUCUGCAUGUAUGCACAUUGACACUGAGGUAUUAAUGUGCUGUACUCUGAAAAGUCAUAGAAACUCCUCUACAGACAGGAUAGAUUAAAGCACAUUUUGUAAGAAAUCUGCAUUUGCUGUCAAAGAUGGCUCUUUGUAUGUGUUUGAAUGUAAAUA